GUGUAAAUCAUGUGUUUUUGGAAAAUAAGCUAUUGAUCAAUUUAAACAUUAAAGAAAUACUCUGUAACUAAUUGCAAGGUUUGUUUUUAUAGUGAAUGCAGCGUGCAUAUUUUUAUCUGCGGAGUCAAAGGGAGCUCGUUGGGGUGGAUGGUGGGCGUACAAAGUGACGGACUAUGACUCCAGAGACCUUUGCUUUUGCAAAAUUGUUGAUUAGAAUUAUGAUUAUUAUGUCAUCAUCGAAUGGACCAAUUGUCCAACAUUUGAUUUUAAUGUUUUAAUGUGGUAAAAAGCUAUUAAUACAUAAAAUAAUCACACCAAGACCAGCCUAAACAUUUUUUUUCUCUGCUACAGCAUAUCUGCUGUAAAUGUUUUCCUUUGAGAAAAAAAAAAAAAAAAAAAUAAGGGGGAAAUUUAAAUAACAAAUUGUUUGGUUUCAUGAUGGCACCACCUAGUUUGCCACUGUUAGUGUCCCCAAGAGGUUAGAAGGGAUGUAUACGUAAUACGAAACGUAGACGUAAUGGUAAUGUAAAAACAUGUGUAGCUAACAUUAGCAGAGUACGUUAGCACAAUAUUAACGAGUGCUAGCACUUCUAUGCUACGCUAGCUACUGAAGGUAUACUAAAUGUAUAAACGUGCUGCUUUUGCUUUUUAAUGAUUGUAAGAGUGAAUAAAUGCAGCUUGUUCUCAUUCCCAGGGCAUUAAAUACCAAUGCAACACCAAUGCAAUACCGCUGCAAUGUUUGAUACCGCUGCGCAAGGCACCCUUUAGCGCCGGUAGGCUUUCAUUAACUACAACGGAAAGUGUGCUUGGAGUGUGGUGACGUAUAAUUUAAAGAGCGAAAGACGCACUAAGGGCGGGCAGGAGGGGAGGUGGAUGAGUCCAACAAACACAAGGCUGUCAUCAAGGAGACCGCGGCUGUUCGGGUCCCAUUUCACUUUCACGUUACGAUCUGCCGUUUGUUCAUGCCACGUGUUCACAACGUCAGGUUUCCUUUUCACUUUACCAAAGUAGUAGUUUUAAGACCAAUCAUGUAGUUCUUUCCUGAACCUUACUAAGUGGUUUUGUUGUCUAAACUUAAAGUGACGCCAAGGGGGCGUGGGGUGAGAAUGUGUCGGCCAAUCAAAUCUUUCAUAAAGCAGUAAUGUUAGUGUUCUAUUACAGCACAAUAAACGGUAUAUAAAAGUCCAGUUCGAUGCUUUUGAGGUCCUUACUCUUCAAUACCAACUAACUAAUGACACGCUGUCUGCACAUGGAAUGUAGGUUAUAGCACGUUUGUUUACUUUGUCUCUCGUUGGCAUUCACAGACACUGACACACCCUUCCGGAAAAGGACUUUGCCUUUUGAUUUAGAGGGUUUUCGGAGAAUAAAGCAGCCCUCUAGAUGUGUGAUCGUGUGUCUUGGAUUACUGUGUGCUGUCCUACUGGUUGCUAACAUAGGACAACUUAUCUACCAUGCCAGCCAUCCAGCAGACAACACUGAACAAGAUCGGCUGCAGAGAAGUCACGAUGCUUUAACUACAGAGAGAAACCAGGCAUGCCCUGUCAGACGGGCUGGAGGAAGUUCGGUGACAGCUGUUAUAUUGUUUCAGCUCUGAAGAAAAACUGGACGUUAAGCAGAGAGGCCUGCCAUGCCGUGGGAGCAGAUCUGGUCGUCAUAAACAGCAGGGAUAAACAGGCAUUUGUCAACGGGUUACUGGAUAAAGGCCAAAAUGCCUGGAUAGGCUUCACUGACAGUAUUAAAGAGGGAACUUGGAUGUGGGUGGAUGGGACUCCAGUCACCACUACGUACUGGGGGGUGGACCAGCCCAACAGCUACGAUGGGAACCAGGACUGCGGCGAAACUGUGCAAAAGGAAUUGGGAGUUGGAGAAUGGAACGACGACGGCUGUUCUGCUGAUCAGAACUUUAUCUGUGAGCAAUAAGCUCACAGUGAUUUACACAGUUAAUGAUGGUGUGUGGAUUUUGACUGCGGUUCUAAUAAUGUUUAAGUCUGGUGAUAUAUUAUUUUAGUAUCAACAAACCCCAUGAAAAGACCAAAACCAACAAUGAAUCGUCUUCCUUCAUUAUCAUGAGCACAGACACUGUCUUUUAUUUUGUUUUCAAUGUCACAUACACAUCUGUCUGCUGGAAAUACUUACGAGAGCACCAAUUGUGUAUUAAUCCGCGGCUGAAAAUAGUCCCCAACACUAUUUACUCCAGUUUGAGAAACGUUGGCUUAAAACUACAAUGCCCCACUGUUUUAGGAAAUUAAUGAUCAUUUUUUGAAAAUAAUAAGUAUUUGCGGCCCAUUUUUAAAGAUUUUCGUCUUCAUUGGGAACCAUGGACUUGAAACUGAUUGCCACAAAAUAAAUCAGAAGGUGUUGAGAGGCGGAUUAACACAUUGUUGAGUUUGGUUUUUUCAUAACAAAAAUAUAGUAUCCUUUGAUACUGUUACUCACUUAAGACACACCCUACUCUGCCUAUUGGUACGCUACUCUUUGACGCAAUUAAUUAAUGUCACAUCUAUUGUGAUUGAGCCAGCAAAAAUCCGAGAGCUGAUGAUUAGUGUUUGAUAAAAUAGAAUAUUAAUUUCUUGGUUGUACAAAAACAGAUUUUACUAUCAAUGUCUAAAAAUUAUAGUUUCCUGUGGCCUUUGGCAUAGCUUUAGAUAUGUUUGCAAAUAGCCAUCUGUGUGAUUAAUGAAUAUGCAUGAAAAUGAACGUGUGAUACAAAUAAUGUAUGUUACAAAGCAUAUACAUACUGUACAUAUACACACAUACAACAUUUGCAUAUGGUAUUAAUCAUUUACGGUAUCACUCUGUGAUGAUUACAUCAUAGUGGUGAAAUGCACUCGCUGGCUCAAAUGAUUCAAAUAUGUAAAUUCAAUCACAAGUACUGAAGAUUUCUUAUAAUAUCAGAAUAAAAACAUUGUGAAGA